CCCGACUACCCGACCCAGCAAAAUACGUUCAAAUACACCUACUACUAUUUUACUUUCCAAUUCCAAGACGCGUAUAUUCCCCGUUUCAUCGUUAUAUUAUUUAUUUUCCAAGGCGCGUAUGUCGCUUUUCAUCUUCUUCACUCAGAAACCGAACUCCACUUAAAGACACUCAUGUGUUGGCCGGCGAAGGUUUUGGAUGCUUAGAUUUGACAAUCUAAUUUCAACUAUAGAUUUAAUAACUAUUAAUGGGAGCCAGUAGAAAGCUUCAAAGUGAGAUCGAUCGAGUUCUAAAAAAAGUUCAAGAAAGUGUUGAUAUUUUCGACAGUAUAUGGAACAAGGUUUACGAUACUGACAAUGCCUAUCAGAGGGAAAGGUUUGAGGCUGAAUUGAAGAAGGAGAUUAAGAAACUUCAAAGGUACAGAGACCAGAUUAAGACAUGGAUUCAGUCCAGCGAGAUCAAGGAUAAGAAGGUUAGUGCCUCUUAUGAGCAGGCUCUGAUGGAUGCUCGCAAGCUUAUUGAGCGAGAAAUGGAACGAUUCAGGAUCUGUGAAAAGGAUACAAAGACAAAAGCUUACUCUAAGGAACGCCUGGGACAGCAGCCUAAAUGGGAUUAUAAGGAGAAAGCUAAGUCAGAGACUAGAGAUUGGUUGAACAAUACGGUGUUUGAGCUGGAAUCUCAAAUCGAUGGAUUUGAAGCUGAGAUGGAGGGGCUAUCUUUAAAGAAAGGAAAAGCAUGGCCUCCGAGACUGAGACAUUUAGAGUCAUCAAUUGCUAGGCACAAGGCUCAUAUAUUGAAGCUAGAGUUGAUAUUGAGGCUGCUGGAUAAUGAUGAAUUGAGUCCUGAGCUAGUCAAUGAUGUUAAGGACUUCACUGAUGACUAUGUGGAACGAAAUCAGGAGGAUUUUGAUGAGUUUGAGGAUGUUGAUAUGCUAUACGACAUCCUACAGCUGGAUAAUAUAGAGGCGCUAGAAGAUUUUGCUAUUAGUGGGACAUCUGGCCUCAUUAAGGUUGGUGCAAGCAUGAACAACAUUGAACACAAAUUUCAAGCUACAAGUCUCUUUCCGGUAAUUGUUCCACUGACAAAAGAAGGAAAACAAAAUGGUUAUAAGGUCGGUGCAGACAUGGACAACAUUGAACAGAGAUUUCAAGCCACAUGUCAAAUGCCCGUAGUUAUUCCACUGACAGAAGAAGAAAGAAAACAAAAUGAAUCACAACCUUUUAUUCAGGUUGUUGCAAACAUGGACAAAGUUGAACAGAGACUUCAAGCUACACAUCAGUUGCCAAUAGUUGCUCCACUGACAGAAGAAAAAAAACAAAUCGAAUCACAACCUUUGAUUCAAGCUGGCACAAGCAUGGACAACACUGAACAAAGACUUCAAGCUACAUGUCAGUUGCCAAUAAUUGUUCCACUUCCACCAGAAGAAGUAAUAAAACAAAACGGUUAUAAGGACUUCGAUCACUUGAAGAUUCCUCACGGGACAUUACUUAUGGCAACUAACAACUUCAGCAAAGAGUACGUGAUUGCGAAGGGUGGAUUUGGGUUGGUGUACAAAGCCCAAAAUGAACAUGGAAUUAUCGCAGUAAAGAAGUUGGAUCCUAGGUUUGGGCAAGGAGAGCGUGAAUUCAUGAUGGAGAUAGCAAUGCUUUCAGCUUAUACACAUGAAAACCUUGUUUCUCUUGUUGGAUUUUGCGAUGAGGGUGAUGAGAAAAUUCUUGUUUACAAGUAUGAAAGUAAUGGGAGCCUUGACCAACAUUUACGUAGGAAAGAUCUAACUUGGAUCCAACGUCUUCGAAUUUGCUUAGAUGUUGCCCAAGGGUUAAAGUAUCUUCAUAAUGAUAUUGGAACUCAACAUAGAAUUUUACAUCGUGAUAUGAAGAGCUCAAACAUCCUAUUAGAUGAGAAUUUCAGAGCUAAGAUUUCCGAUUUUGGGUUGUCCAAAGUAGCUCUUGCAAAUGUGCCGUGUACGGUUCUUAUCUCCAAAGUUUGUGGCACGCCGGGAUAUGUUGAUCCAGAGUACUAUAAACAUGGCAUUCUAACACAAAAAUCCGAUGUUUACUCUUUUGGGGUGGUGAUGUUUGAAGUCUUGUGUGGAAAGCUGGUGGGUGUUUCAAAGCAUCUUGAUGAACCAUUUUCAGCAGAAUUACCUCAAAUUUGUUACAAAGAGGGAACCUUAGAUGUGAUCAUUGAUUGCGAUCUACGAAAUCAAAUGAACUCGGCUUCCUUGUGUACGUUUUCAGCCAUUGCUCAUCAAUGCUUGAAGUGUCGUGGUCGAGAUCGCCCAACAAUGACUCUGGUUGUGGAAGAACUAAAGAAAGCUUUGGUUUACCAACAAGUUGUUUCCCCAGAAUAAGGCAUCAAGUGGAUUUUUGGUUAGAAGUUUCCCCACUCCCGAAGCUCCUCCAUGCCUCGAUGCCUACAUAGUUGUAGAGGGUAAAUAUAAUCCGCUUGUUUGGCACAGCCAUAUGGGGGAAAUAUUGUAAAACGUCCAUCUACUAUCCUCCACAUGAUGCAAGAAUGAUCGCAGCUAUGUGGGAUCUACCAAGCACUUGAGUGCCAUGUGGUAUUUGAUUAUGCUUUGGUUCGGUGGUAUCCUUGUUAUCUCUAAAUGCUCAUGGUUUGUUGAACAUGUUUCUUGUACUGCGGGUGUUAAUUUUGUAACAUGUAUAAACAUCACACAACAUAUUAUACAUAUAAAUUUAACAAUUGUAAAUAGAAACAAGUUCAUAAUUAAGUCAACAUUGUUCAUUGCAUUAUGAUAUACAACAAGUACCAAAAAAGCCAUUCUCAGACAAUUUAAACUUGAUAAACAUCUCAUAAAACUAAAGACAAUUGUUACAGUUUCAACAACAAAAGAACCCCCUUUUCCCUUCGAAAACGUACAUCACCCGAAAUACACCUAAUCAUUCAUUAGAUGCUAAAAAAUAGGCAACACACCAAAGAAAAACUACUUGUACUUCUUAGCAUCUGCACUACUUGGUGGAGCUCAUUCAUGGACCUGACUAACCGGGAAUAACUUCUACAGCUCCUAGACACAUCGGGGGACUCAACCAUCCUACAAAACACAACUGAUUCCACUUCGAGAACAAAACUAGAAUCUCCUACCUGGAUUGAGAUUCAGGAUGCCAAUACUACUGCUUGGGUACCAGAUGCACAUAUCACC